AAGCAAAAAAACCUGUACAAGACUGAACUUUGUCGCAAUUGGGAGGAAACAGGUCAUUGUCGAUACGGUCUCAAGUGUCAAUAUGCUCAUGGUGCUGCUGAUUUACGUGAAGUAGACCGUCAUCCUAAAUACAAGACUCAGAAAUGCCGUACUUUUCAUCAAACAGGUGCUUGUCCUUAUGGAUCUCGCUGUACUUUUAGACACUUUAAU